AAUUUGGUACCAAAAUUAUUUGGUACCUACCAUGAAAUGAACAUCACUAUGCGAAAUCCGGGCUCGCUGCUCGAGUCUUGACGCUAGGCUCCGGCCAAAAAUUAUUGAUUUCGAACAGAAUACGCAGUAUUAUCCUACAAAUUUAGGAAGACGAGCAAAACAACAAGGACUAUGCAAUUUAGUACAAAUUUUAAUUGAUAUUAUUAUAGUGCUCGCCGACGUGCUUCCUUGAAUGCCAAACAAAAAUAAAGGAGGGAAAUGUAUUCUAAUUUAAAUCGUGUCGUAGUUUGUUGAACAAUGCUUGAAAUUAGUUGUUCUGGUAUUAUUGUCAUAAGAUAUAAAUCGUUUUAAAAAUACAAAUAAUCACAAGCCAAAUGGAGGAUUUACGCUCCAAACAUAAGUCCAUUCAAAGUGCUGCACAUCACAUAGCUUUGGAUUGUAUCCAUCCUCAGUGUGGUUUGUUCACUAUGUCUGUACCAAUGGAUUCAACAGUCAGUUCAUGGCUCCCCUUACCAUGUCCAUCCCUAUCCCUCCCCCGUCCGCCUGCAGCACGCGUUUCAAGCACAGCACAGCCCACAGAUGUUUCACCCGAAGGGUCUUAAACCACAUAUUGACCACAGGGCAUAUGCUACUCCUAGUGAUAGUCCAAUCCUGGGCCGAGCACUAUGUCUCACACCAAAAGGAAGUCCUCUGCCUGGCCGCAUUUCACAUUUGAAUGAAAAAUUUCAAGAGUCCCUUACCUUAAAUUCUGACACUGAUGCUUUGGUUGCUAAAAUAAGUGCUAUGUUUCCAACUGUUAGUGAGACGCACAUCAAAAUUUUGUUAAAAAAAUAUUACAAUCGUGAAGCCGUGGUAAUAAGUGCAUUGCAAGUUGAGAAACAUCCGAUCACAACACCUGGUCCACUCUCCAUGUCUCCGUCAGUUCACCGGUUGCAGAAAGGGGCUAUGGGGGUGUACUCAGCUCUACAAUUGGCAAAAGGAGUGUCCGGUUCUAUGCAUAGCUCUAACCAUUUAACUCCAAUGACAGGAACACCACAAGGUUCUCCACUUCUAUUAAGACCAACUUCUGGAGCCUCCAGUUAUUAUGGAACAACAAGGUCAUAUGAUGGACAAACUAAGCACCAAUCACCAAAAAUGAAAUUAAAAUAUAUGAAGAGCAUAUUCCCAAAAGCAGAGGAAACAUUAAUAUUAGAUGUUCUCGCCAACAAAGAUAACAAUGUACAAAAAGCAAGUGAAGAACUAAUUACUAUGGGAUUCAAUAAAAAGGAAACAUUAGUAAGUGCACAGAAGAAGAAGGAAUCACCGCAACCACCUAAAAAAGUUGUAACCAUCAUGAAAACUUUAGAGGAAAAAAAUGAUUUAAGGGAAAAACUUACAAAGAAGUAUAGUAAAGUGGCAGAGAGGGUAGUGGCUAUUGCACUAGAAAGUGUUGACUACUAUGAAGAACGGGCAGAACAGAUUCUUGCAGCGGUACUUAUGGAAGAAGAGAACCCUAAACCUGUCAAAUCAGACGUCAAAGAAAACAAGCCUAAAAUUAUCAACGAGCCAAAAAAUGGUAUCAGCGAGGAGCGGGAGGCGAGUCCCCGGCCCGCGCCCGUCGCGCGACGCCUCAAGAUUUGGACCGAGCAUCUGAAGCCAAUUUUAAAAACGAGUAAACAUGUGGAAAACAAGUAUAAGUCUCAGUAUUCUGUGCCGUCCAAUGGUCCCAAUCCUUCUUUAAGAAAUGGACCUAAAGACAGUUUGUUGUUGGAAGACUACAUGACUUGGAACGGUCCUAACCCUGAGAUCAGACAUGGCAAAUGCAUUAAGGCGGAAGGCCCAGAGCCUAGGACACCUAACCUGUCGACACCGAAAGGCGCAUCGAAUUUGGCUAAAGGCCCAGCUGGACUCGCCAAGGGGUCAAUAUACCAGAAACUCAACAAGAAAAUCUCGUAUAGUAGUGACGUAGGAAGAAGAACUUAAUUUAUCAAGAAAAUAUAUUGAAUAGCGGUACAUUCCCCGUUUUGGUUUCAUUAGAUGAACACAGAAAAUGGGCUUGCUUAGUGUAGAGCAUUAUAUGAUUUCAUAUUUUGUUCAAAAUAGAUGUUAUAGUAUAAGAGACUUUAACUCCCUUAGCUUAAAAAUUGAUCUCGAAAGGUUAGUAUUAUUAUUAUUUAUAUUUAGAUGAACGUGAAAUUGUUUAAAUUUUUUUUAAAUAUGGCUACAUACUUUCAUUUUAAAGUUACUGUAUCUUUUAAAUCCCUGGCAACGCUUAGAUAUUUCGGCCACUAGUAAUUUUUGCACUAGAUAAGCCUCGUCCAAAUAAAUUUUAUUAAAUAAAAAUGUUAUACAAUAUAGUAA